GGAAGGCGCACGUCCGCCGGGGGAAGUUGGAAGUUGGAAGCUGGGCGUGGUGGGCAAGUUGGCGGCUCCCUUGCGCUGACUUGUUUUACUAGUGGGUUGCUGCACGUGUUGAGAAGAGGGCGCGGUUUUAAGUGGUCGGCUCUGGGUGGGUGGAUGAAGAGACUUGGCCAAUAGGGCGCGUGUGUGUGUGUUACCUUUGUUUUGCGUAGCCAAUAAGACCUAUGCAGCAGGCGUUGCGGAGCAGGCACCAUUUUGAGUGGCACGAUUUGAAGAGUUUAAUGCGGAACUAAGAGGCCUAGCCAAUAGGGUGAGGGUCAAUAAUUGAGACAGGGAUCAGGGGACUGAGACUAGCAGAGAUCAAUCAGUUGCAAUACCAGAGAGGGAAAAUUGUCAAUUUGAGUAUAAGAAGCUGCUAUGUCAAGAUGUCCUGGUGUUGAGAUCAUUGGACUUUUAUCACUCGCACUGGUGUUGAAAUCGCACACCUAUUUCCCCCAUAUAUCGAUCUGUAAGUUUUCCAAACCCAAUACAACAGCCCAAAAUACC